CCAGCCUUCGGCCACGUGGAUGCAUAGUGACGACGCCCACGGUUUGAAUACUAUCAGAAACGAUCAAAGACAUCAACACCUACUACAAUGGCUGGGCUAUAUGUAGUUAUUGUAUCAUGUGUUUACCUCGCUGUCGCCUCUCUGCCAACCAAUAACCCGAAACAUGGGGCACAAGAGGGUUUACAGAGGUGCAGUUCCUUCUUCGAGGAAUCCGGACAUUCUCAUCGUGGCAACAUGGUGUUGUGUGAACUGGGACACGGGUGUGCUAACGUAAAGGUCACUACAUCUGGAAGGACUAAGAAUAGAUGUGUACCUUGGAUACUUCUGUUGAUCGUGGUGCUUGGUAUACUUCAAUUAUAUUUCUCUAUCAGACUUGAAGAUAUAAUGUUGAAACGUGUUGAUGAUAAUGUGGAUGAUGGACACUGUGUUCAUAUUACUUCACUGUUUAAAUCCGUGAAAUUUGCCCAUAAAAGCAAGAUGGGAUUGAUACGUGAAAGAAACGAACUGAAAACAUCUCUUUCUAAUAUUGACGGAAACAGGCCAUCUAAGGAACAGUUCAUUACGAGAACAGUUGUGAAGUACUUUGACAGUCGUUCAGAGAAAAUAGACAAAGUCCUUUCUGGUAUGUUUGAAAUCCAGCCCGAGUAUCUUUCAGUUCCCGAAGUGGUGGCCCAGCCCUUUACAACAUCACUGACGACCUAUCUGGGGAAGGUACAGGAGGCGGGACAGGUGCCCGUAGAGGAGGAGAUGUGUUACGAGGUACGGAGACUGCAGUCUUUUUCUGGGAUCCCCGUCCAGGCCUCGCCCAUGAGGCUUGCCCAGUCAGGAUUCUAUGCUACAGGUCGCGAGGACGAGGCUCGUUGCUACAGCUGUAGGAAGUCACACACAGGCUGGCAAAUAAUGGACAGACCGGAUGUUCUACACAGAGUUAUUUCCCCUGACUGCCCACAUCUGAACAGAGGUGACCCGCGAAAUAUACCGCUGACUUCAAAUUCGAAUGCAACAACGGUGUACGGUAUCCUUGGGGAGUACUCUGGAAGCAGCAAUGUAACAACAACAGAUACAUUACCACCUACAGCUACAGAGACACCAACUCUAGGAGCAGCAGCAGCAGCAGCAGAAGUAGCAACUGUCGUGUCUGAACCAUCCCUUGACAUGAACAGUGCUGUGCAUCCUCAUUACAGAGACAUGCAGACCAGGUUAGACAGCUUCAGAGGCUGGGACACGUCACACGUGCAGGACCCGCGGGUACUGGCGACAGCAGGUUUUUUCUAUGCAGGUUACUCCGACUGUGUCCGGUGUUUCUACUGUGGUGUUGGUCUGAAGACGUGGGAAGAGAGGGAUGACCCUUUUGUGGAGCACGUGCGCUGGAGGUCGUCCUGCAGCUACAUCCGUAGAUUGAAAGGAGAGAACUUUGUCAUACAGGCGUUGACACACAAGACUUCUCCAAGCUCCACUGUAACCAACAACAUGACUGUCGUGGCGAGGGCGGUGGAGAUGGGGUUCUCCCGGCAGAUGGUGGAGAAGGCGGUGAUGGAGAUGUCCCGGUCGUACAACAACUCCCGUGCUGCAGGGGAGACAGAUCAGAUCCCUGUCUCAUUGGAAGCGUUGCUUGAAAGAUUGGUUAUCGCGUCUGAGGAACCCGGUGAGAGACACCGGAAUCCAGAGAUCCCACAGCAAAGGCACCAGGUGUCUGAAGUACACCAGUCUCUUCCAGCAAGACUGACAACGCCGAGCAACUCCACCACGGCAAAUCAGCCAUCAUCUGUGAAGAAUCCGACUUCGUCAUCUACACGACAUCCACAUGAAGCCGGCAAGUCUAUGUCAGGUACUGAGACCUCCCGCUCCCUGCCCCGCUCCCUGCAGCGUCAACUCGAGGAGGAGAACCGCGCGUUACGAGAUGAGAACACCUGCAAGGUCUGCCUGGACAGAACCAGUUGUGUUGUCUUCCUGCCGUGCGGCCAUCUUGUGUCGUGUGCUGAGUGCGCACCUGCACUGAGCAAGUGUCCUAUAUGUAGAGCACAUAUACGUGGAACUGUGAGAACAUACAACGCGUAAUGUGACUGUUAGUGAGAUAAGCUUUAACCAAACAAAUGUAGUGAUGUUUUGUCGUUACAUUUUGUUAAUUAUUUUGAAGGAUCAACAUCAUUCAACUCAACAUAUUGUUGGUUAAGAUAUAAAUAUAUGUUUAACCGAAAGAUGUCAUGAUCGAACACACGAUAAUUCUUCUUGGAGAGGCAUUUAGAAGUUGGAGUAAGAAGGGUGGUUAACAAUAUACGGAUGAACAACUUCUUUAUUACUGUAAGAACGACGUUCCGGUGUAGGUCCCAACACCGAUAUCAAGUAUUUGGAUAUCAUCAUUUGCUUGAUAACGGUGUUAGAACCUACACCGAAACGUCUCUCUUACAGUAAUAAAGAAUUUAUUUGUCCGUAUAUUGUUAUCCACCCUCACGAUAAUUCUAUCGUUAAAAUUUAGAAUCUCCGUCUUACCAUUAUUUGGCUGAUGGCAGCACUGCAAAUUGAAAUCGUCACUUGAAAAUGAAUUUCUAAAGCGAUUUCUGAGUAAAUGUCCUUAACCUGUUAUGUGAAAUAUCGGGUGGGCGCCGUGUGUUUGAUUAUUCAAAAAGUAUAUUUUCCACAGGAAGUCCGUCGAACAACGACUGAAAGAGUGUGUUGUGGAAUUCAUUUUUAAAAACACAGCUCCACAUUUGGAGCCAUUCUGUCGCAUGUCAUGUCGAAAAAGAAGGAUCUAAUUUGAAUAAAAUGUUAAAUAAACAAGUAAAAAGUC